ACCAUUUUUUUGCGACAUUUGUGGGAAAGCCUUUUUUUUGAAAGCAAAGUUUAAGUCAUCACCAGAGAAUUCACUCUGGAGGAAAACCAUUGUGGCAUUUGUUGGAAACAUUUGCCAGCCAUCAAAGAAUCCACACUGAUUUUAAUUCUCAGAAGAAGACAUCUGUUUGUGACCCUGGAGGAGCAGCCGACUUGAAGAAAAAAAAACGCCAACCUGGAAAAACUUGAAGAAGUUCACACUUUAAAGUCAGUGGUUGAAAUUGAGCAUCCAUCUUUAGAUUCUGGAACAAAACAUUUUGAAAUGAUUUUGGAAUUUCAAUUGGGGAAAGAAGACAUUUGAAUUUGUCUGUGAUUUUUGUACUUUAACUUUCUCUCGUGAUCACAAGUUGAAAAGGCAUCAAAGAGCCCACACUGGACAGAAACCAUUUGCUUGUUGCUAUUGUGGAAAAGUAGUUUCACAAACAGGUCAUUGGAGAGACCCUCGGCUUGUCAACACUGGAGAACAAAACAUUUGUUUGUGACAUUUGUUGGAAAGCUUUUGCGCACCUUUGCCGGCCACCAGGGAAUGCACACUUGAGAGAAACCAUUUGGACAUUUUGUGGCAACAUUUUAAAACUUCAAACCUCCCUUGCUCGAAUGCCGGCAGAGAAUUCACGAUGAAUGAGGAAAAACCAUUUGUUUGUGACAUUUGUGGGAGAGGUUUUUCAAACAAACCUACCUUGAUGACCCAUCAGUGUGGCUGCACUGGAGAGAAACCAUUUGUUUGUGACAUUUGUGGCAAAGCUUUUUCUCAAAAGAGAUAUUUAAGAAGUCACCAGAGAUCUCACACUGGAGAUAAAACAUCUGUUUGUGAAAUUUGUGGAAAAGCUUUUUAUUGUAAAUCCAACCUUUCCCGCCACCUGCGAGUCCACACUGGAGAGAAACCAUUUGUUUGUAACAUAUGCGGAAAAGCAUUUACUUGUAAAAGUGUAAUGACAGUCCAUAAGCGUGUCCACACUGGAGAGACACCAUUUAUUUGUCACAUAUGUGGACAAGAAUUUGCUCAAAGAAGGUUUCUAAGUACACACGUACUAAUCCACACGGGAGAGGAACCAUUUGUUUGUGACAUAUGCGGCAAAGCAUGUACUUGUAAAAGUGUAUUGGCAGUCCAUAAGCGUGUUCACACUGGAGAGAAACCAUUUGUAUGUGACAUUUGCGGAAACGCAUUUACUUGUAAGCGCUAUCUUACCAACCAUCACAAAACUCACAACCUUGACAAUUCAUUUGUAUGUGACAUUUGCGGAAACGCAUUUACUUGUAAGCGCUAUCUUACCAACCAUCACAAAACUCACACUCUAGACAAACCAUUUGUAUGUGACAUUUGCGGAAACGCAUUUACUUGUAAGCGCUAUCUUACCAACCAUCACAAAACUCACAACUUAGACAAAACAUUUGUAUGUGACAUUUGUGGUAAAGCAUUUACUAAUAAGACCUAUCUUACCAACCAUCACAAAACUCACACUCUAGAGAAAACAUUUGUAUGUGACUUUUGUGGCAAAGCAUUCACUUAUAAGCGUUAUCUUACCGAACAUCACAAGAUUCACACUCUAGAGAAACCAUUUGUAUGUGACAUUUGCGGAAACGCAUUUACUUGUAAGCGCUAUCUUACCAACCAUCACAAAACUCACAACCUAGACAAAACAUUUUUCUAAUAAGAGCUAUUUAAGAAGUCACCAGAGAUCUCACACUGGAGAUGAUCCAUUUGUUUGUGAAAUUUGUGGAAAAGCUUUUUUUUGUAAA